CCAGCACGUAUUGUGACGUCAUUGAACGACAAAACAAGCUCAACCAAUAGCAGCGCUCAUUACAGACCUAUGUUCUUGAUUCACCUAGGGAAAAAAAUCACGCUCCCGAGUCCCAGCGUACACCAUGUACCGUGACAUCGCACGUGUCUUGGCCACCCAAGCAAAUCUCGCUGCCAGUGGAUUAUCCUGCUGCUUUUCCGCAUGCAGUUCUGUGCCUUUUAACGCAUUUCAGUUAUUAGAGGGGCCCACGUAAGCCCCUAGCAAAAAGUGCUGGGUCAACAUACCACGUGGUUUUUAAUGUUUAUUUACGUCUGCGAAUCACCCAGAGGCGCGAUGCAUUGCAGUACUGCGCCUGCUGCCUAGCAGCUUGCAACUGUACGCGCGCGGGCUAUAGUACGGUACUAGAGCUACUUCUCGUGUAAAUUACCGACCAGGCUCUCCGACUGUUACACGGCGUAGGACCUCCACCACGCCGUUCUACUCCGACCACCACCUCUCGCCAACGUAGUGAACUUGUGGCUACUUCCCGUGGUGCGUGUGCGAGCAAUCGCGAGUUAGCGCGUAUGUCGCUUUUCAGCGGUUCCAGUCAGCGAAUAUUUCAAUGAUCGUUCUCGAACUUGUGAGUACGAGCCAGCGAGCGUAGCCCGACCGGGCUGGGCUCUACGACUGUUAUACGUCGUGGGAAUCGACGUGUUCCGACUGUUCGUGGCACUUCUCGCCGCUCGCAUAAGAGCCUCGGAUAAUGUAAGAAGCUGACAGAAUACCAACUGCUGUUUCUUUCCUCUGGAACAAAAUGUGACAGCAGUGCGGCUAUUAAAGUUCUAAAACUAUCUAGCUGCUGUCGCAGUUGCCCCUAGAGUAAUGGCAGAUAAAGCAAAGCGAAUCUUCUUGUUGAUGAUAUCAGCAGUGUGUUUGUUCUUACUCUGGCUUGUCGGGUGGCAGCUGCCCGAAUUUUAUAUGCGGCAGAAUAAACUGAGUACCAUAUCCAUUCCCGGGCACCGUAGUGUACGCAAGCAUAGAUAUAUAUUGAACAAGACUCAUAGUAUCUUACAGUACGAUACAGGUGAACCUGAACCACCCUCGAAAACUAUACUCUUCUGGACAACCUAUUAUUCUUAUAGGAAAUUGUGGCCUUUCGAUAAAAAAUUCCCAUUGGGGCCAUUAUGUCCUUAUCGCUGUCGCUUAACUCACAAAAAAUCACUCUAUAACCAAAGUGAUGCAGUAUUAUUUCAUGCGUGGACAGUGGAUAUAGAUAAACUACCCAAAUGGAGAUUUCCAUACCAGCAAUGGGUGCUAUACAACCAAGAACCGCCUUUCAGAUUGGAAGGAGCUCAUUUUCAUGCAGCGGACUACAACGGACUGUUUAACUGGACGAUGUCCUAUAAGACUAACUCGGACGUGUACUCUCCGUAUGGCAGACGGGGUCGUAUCAGCGGAAACGAAAAAGAACCUACACAACCACGAACCAAAUUCGACAGAAAGCCUGCUGCAGUUGCGCUCAUACGGCGCUGUAGUAGCACUCAAGGUCGGGUGCAGUUUGCUUACGAACUUGCUGAACAUUACCCGGUACACUUCUAUGGGAGAUGCUUUGGACAGACCAUCUGUCAAGAUAUGCCACGUGCAGACGCAAGUCGGUAUUACCUAGCAUUCGAAAACAGCGUGGGAUGCAGUGACUACAUCACGGAGAAAUACUGGGUGAACGGGCUUCGCAGUGGCUCGUUGCCGGUCGUAAUGGGUACCAGCAGAACAGACUACGAACGACUCGCCAUCCCCGGCUCCUACAUUCACGUUAAUGACUUCAAGUCGGCCGAAGCUCUGGCAGCGCAUUUACGCAAUCUCGAUGCACAUGCAGACGCUUAUUCUGCUUACUUCAGCUGGGUGAACAAGUAUAAAUACAGUCGCAACCAAAAGUGGUGCGAGCUAUGCAGCCAGCUGCACGAACAACGGUCGGGUGCGACGCAAGUUUAUGAUAGCUUGGAGCAGUGGCUUGGCGAUUGCCGUGCUAAUUAACUAUUAUCUGUUGGGGAACCUCUCUCCCGAGAAUACGUAAAAUCAAUCCACAAUAUACGUCCUAACACGCUCACCUAUAUCUAGCCCGACCAGGCUGUGCGACGGAUUGUCUAUACGGUAUUCUAACCCUAGCAAUACCGUUUCUUGGAGCUUA